AUGGCCCACCUCGCAACUCGCCAGAGGGUACUUCCAGCCCUCUCCCAACACGCCCGCUCCUUGCCAUUCGCUCUCCGCGCAAAUGCGGUCUCAUCACGCCGCUUCCUUACCGAUAAGCCAGGGCUAGCGGGAACAGAUAUCCGAGACGCAGCCGACGCCAGGAAGACAUCGCCGCCGCAACCCAAGAUCUCAAAUGCCAGUGUGCCGGGCCAGGGGGAGAAGCUCACUAAAGAGCAGCAGCGCGAGGUCGAUGAGCACAACCGGGAUUUCGAGGAGAAACACGACAGGGCCCAACCUGCCUCAGAUGACAAGGUGAACAAGAAGUUCUGGUCCAGCGGCACUGAGGGUAGUAAAUGA